GAAAGGGGCGUGGUUGUAACGUAGGGGCGUAGCCUUGUGAGCAGCAGGAAGAAGUUACCUGUUGAAUCUUCCUAUCCAUUUUCUCUUCAGACCUUGCAGCUACCCCUAAGAGGGAAGCUGCAGACCACUAGCCUCUUCCGAAAAAGAGGUAAGGGGAGGUAGACAGGGGGCGGCGAAGGAGGCUAUUGCAUUCUGUAGGAGGGGCCAAACAGCCACUUUAACCUGCUGAGUCAGGUGAAUCGGUCCAUGGGGGUGGGGACUAGCAUAUGAGAAAAGGGCAAGGACGGAGGAGGUAUUUGUUUGCUUUCAAGGCUAAAUUUAGAGCCCUUCAUCUGCAGACCCAUUGGUAGAUUGUGUCUUGGGCACCCUCUGGAUCUCGGGAAGAGAACGGAGGGGCGAGUUUUCCACAGCAGAAGGAACAACGUUUCUGGGCUUUCCCCUGUACGUGUAUUUCCUAGCCCCCAAACGAUAGAGCCAUAUGGCUUCUGCAGUCUGGGGGAACGCUCCCUGGUGGAGCCCACCGCCCCCAGCCCCAGCCCGGCCGCUCACAGACAUCGACUUCUGCUCUGGAGCGCAGCUGCAAGAACUAACCCAGCUGAUCCAGGAGCUGGGUGUGCAGGAGAGUUGGAGUGAUGGGCCCAAGCCAGGACCAGAUCUCCUCCAGGCCAAGGAUUUUGUGUUCUCUUUGCUUAAUGGCACUGGGCAGGAGCUGCAACUGGACAUGAGAUCCUGUUACGCAUGGCUCUGCCUCCCAGAGCAGGUACGCGGAACCUCGGUCCGGGAAGCAUGGCAGGAUUGCCUAGGACCCCCAGUCCCAGGAGGACGUGAUUGGAUCCACCCAACUGAUAGCAGAGAGAGUCCCCGGGACCCGCAAAGCUCCGUGGACCAGCCACACAGUGACAUCACUGAGCCUGAGGCACACGAGUCUUUGGAAAAAUCACCUAGUAAUGUUUCAGUGCCGGAGUCACCCCAGCAAAACCUAACCGAUAUUGGCUUUCCCUCACCAUCGGAAGAAACGAAUGAUGACGUCACCAAAGCAGCAGAUGUUAGCCCAGGGCCACAGCCGUCGGAGGCUCGGGAGGCAUGGCCCACAUUGUGCCCCGCCCAGGUGGCUGCUUGGUUCUUUGCUUCGCUGGCUGCGGUCGCUGAGUCCCUAUUCCCCGUCCCGGGUGCCCCGCGCUUGGUCCACGCAGCCCGCCACGCAGGGUUCACUACCAUCCUCCUGGCUACACCCGGGCCCCCGCGCCGCCUCCUGCUUUUCGACCUGAUCCCCGUGGUGUCUGUGGCCGGCUGGCCCCAGGGGGCUCGGACCCACUCGUGGGCCGGCCCGCUGGCCUCGGAGUCGUCCUGCUUCUACCUGGUGCCCGGCGGCGGCGGCCAAACGGAGCGGCCGGGAGCCUCCGGCUGGCAGCUCUGCUUUGCCCGCCAGGAGCUGGCGCUCAAGGCGCGCAUACCCACUCCGCUGCUGCAAGCGCACGCGGCGGCCCAGGCGCUGCUGCGCCCGCUGGUGGCGGGGACCCGGGCCGCGGCGCCCUACCUCCUGCGGACGUUGCUCUACUGGGCGUGCGAGCGGCUGCCCGCGCUCUAUCUGGCGCGGCCCGAGAAUGCGGGCGCCUGCUGCCUCGGGCUGCUGGAUGAGCUGGGCCGAGUACUCGAGGCGCGGACGCUGCCCCACUAUUUUCUGAGUGGCCAAAAGCUCCGUGCGGGGGACGGCGCCUCUUCGCUGCUCGGGGCGCUGGCCCUGCUUCGCGGGGACCCUGCCCGGGCCCUGCGUGCCGCUGUGGAGGAAGCCAAGGCUGCGCGUAAGGGGGGCGGCUUAGCCGGCGUGGGAGCCGGGUCCCAUUAAAAACGCUGUUCGUACUAACGCGGAAA